AUGCCGCACAGUCCAAAGACGGUUGCGUCGGCAUCGAGCGGCGCUGCGAAAUUGAUCCCCUCUUUUCGCAAAACCAGCGAUGAGGCGGUGGAUCAUGCCGGUCAGCUGGCGCACGUGGGCGAGCAGCAAAUGGCGCAGUACGGCUACCACGAUGGCGGCGACCGGCCGUUGCCGCCGCAUCUUGCGCGGUAUAUCGAGCCGACAGAAGGCGAAUUUGAUAAGCAGGUAGAAUAUGACAUGGACGAGCAGGACCAAGCAUGGCUGGCCGAGAUGAACGAGACGCGCAAGAAAGAACAGCUCGACGCUGUGAGUUUCGAGUCGUUUGAGAUUAUUAUGGACCGACUCGAGAAAGAGUGGUUUGCCCUGGUCAAACGCAUCCCGUCGCGCUUUUCCAUUGGCGAGGCACAGGAGGAAAAUACGUUUCCUGAAGAGUCUUUGUGCGCGAUUUGCGACGAUAACGAGUGCGAGAACAUGAAUGCGAUUGUGUUUUGCGAUGGGUGCAACUUGGCCGUGCACCAGGACUGCUACGGCAUCCCAUACAUACCCGAGGGCCAGUGGCUGUGCAGGAAGUGCACAGUAUCACCCGACCGCCCCGUAUCGUGCACCUUGUGCCCAAACGAGGGCGGCGCAUUCAAGCAGACGACACGGGGCGCUUGGGCGCAUCUGUUGUGUGCAUUGUGGAUCCCCGAGACGGGCGUCGCGAAUCCUGUGUAUAUGGAGCCCAUUGACGGAGUCGAAGAUAUCCCGAAAGCACGCUGGCGGCUGCGGUGCUACCUGUGCAAUAGCAAGAGCGGGGCGUGCAUUCAAUGCGAGCACAGAUCCUGUUUCACGGCUUUUCACGUGGUGUGCGCACGGCGAGCUGGGCUGCUCACACAGGCGCGGCGCCACCGCACCGACGAGGAGGCAGACCAGCCAAGCGGUGAACAGGACGGCGCUGGGUCGCAGCCGCUUGGCGCAUACUGCCAUCAUCACCUCUCACCUGCACAGAAACAAGCAUUGCUUGCGCGUGUGCGGGGGCAAACGGAGGAUGGUGAGUGGAGCGACUCGGACGUGUCCACCAGCGAGCUCCUGCUACCCAAGAAGUACGCCACAACGCCGUACGAAUCCAUCGCCUCGAAAAGUGCGCGCGCGUACAAUAAAUUAUACUCGUCUGGCCCCCUCCCUGUACCCAACUACAUUGUGCACCGCGUAUUGGAGUACAUUGCGCGGAUCAACAUACGGCGCAAGCCGCAAGCCGUGGCGCAGAUCGUGCGUUACUGGAGUUUGAAACGACAGGAAAUGCGCGGUGCGCCGCUGCUGAAACGCCUGCAUAUUGAGCCAUGGACUGUUGGCAACUUUGUCGAAGAGCGGACGAAUGCACUGCGACUGGCCAAGCUCCAAUAUGUAUACCGCUUGCGCGAGGAUUUGGAAAAAGUGCGGCUCCUUGCCGAGCUCGUGCGAAAGCGCGAAAAGGAAAAGCUUCGCAUCCUUCGCAUUUUCCACGCCCAUGUGCUGGAUCGCGCCGUCUUUUGCGUGGGGACACACUACCAUACCGCGCUCCAAAAGCUAGCAUCGUGCGUUGCCUGCGCUACUUACCUCAGCAUGGACCGUGCGAAUUGGUUUCUCGAGCCAGUCUCGGUCGAUAUCGCGCCAGACUACUACGAGGUGAUUCAGCAGCCUAUGACAUGGACGUGCAUUCGUGCGCGUAUUGAUGCGUUUGCCUACCGCCAUCCCCGCGACAUGCAGGCUGAUGUACAGCUCUUGUGUGACAAUGCAAUGCAGUACAACCGACCCGACUCGCAGAUUUACAAAACCGCACAAAAGUUGGCGAAACACAUUUCGGCUGUAUUCCAGGAGCUCGACGCAAACAUGCGCGUAUUACACGAUGCGCCGGGAAUGGAGCCACCAGAAGCAGUCCUGCGCAUGUUGGAGGCACCGCCAGAGAAUGCAGCUUUUAUACCCGACGCAGGUGCAAGCGUCAUGGAUGCCUUCUUGGCGCAGAGCUACGCGGAACAAGCGGGCACGCCACCGCUUUCGCCAGACGCUGCUCCGCGCGUGCAGACACUCAAGCGCACUCGCGAAAAGGCCGUGCACGCGCCAAGCCGACGAAGCCAGCGGCAGUCGCGCAAGCUCGAACCCGAGCCGGUGGCAACAGAACCGCGCGUGCUGAGCAACCUGGACCACAAAGACUCGUUCAAGUACUUUAACACGGGCUGGCUUCUUCCCCCUGGUGCGCGUCGCAACAAUCGACCCCGGCCGCCGCCAUGUUCGUUGCGCGCGCAAAAGCAAAGCACAAAGCAACGCGCGAGCAAACAGACCGUGGAACAUAGCGACUCGUCGUUGAGCGAGCUCUCGGAUGCGACUAUGUAG